GCUACCUAAAUGAUACCAUAGCAAUAGCACGUCAUCACAAGAAGCAUGAAAAGUGGGUGUGAAUAGCGAGAGCUAGCGAGUGUUCCAGGCCAAGCUCCCGGGGCUUUUUGCGCUAUGACCGGUCUCUCAGCACCCUGCGGCCAGUUCAAUUUUUUUUUCACGUAGUGACAGUGUACUGAUGAUGGCUACUACUCGAUGACUCGACCUGUCUCUGCUGGGUAAAACAGGUCAAAGAGGUCUUUUGCUUACCAAGUCAUCUACAGAAUAGGGAGUUCCAUUUAGGUGGCUGUCUCCACCAAAAAUAAGAGCGGCGAUGGAUAGUGCAAACAGGAAGAGUUCUGCAAUGCUAUGGAGCCUUAAUCUUAUGGUACUGUUCUCACACGUCUCUGGAUCUGACAUAAGAAACGUUGACCCCAAUGGAUAUGUAGUCUACUGCCCCUGUAUGGGUCGUUUUGGUAACCAAGCUGAUCACUUUCUAGGAGCUCUUUCCUUUGCUCAUGGUCUGGACAGAACCCUUAUCCUUCCGCCUUGGAAUGAUUAUGGAAAACCAAGUCGCGCUGCUCAAAUUCCGUUUGACAAGUACUUCAAGGUUGACCCGCUCCGUGAAUAUCAUCGGGUCAUCACCAUGGAAACCUUCAUGAAGGAGUUAGCUCCAUCUUUAUGGCCAAAGGAGAAACGUACAGGAUUCUGUUACCGUUUCAGAGAUGGGACAGACUGCAAGAUGAAGGAGGGAAAUCCUUUUGGACCAUUCUGGGACAAUCAUCACAUCGACUUCUUCGAGUAUAAGGAAUAUGGCCCACUUUCCUACAACACCCAUUUGCCAAAUGCAAGAAAUAUGUGGGAAGCCAAGUUCCCAGUGUCCGAGUACCCUGUGAUUGCCCUCUCUGGCGCCCCUGCCGCCUUCCCGGUGACCCAGGAGAACAGACAACUCCAUAAAUAUCUGCUCUGGUCUGAAGAAAUAGACGGGCAAGCGGACAAGUUCAUUCAGGAGAAGCUUUCGGGGGGCCCGUUCGUCGGAGUACACAUGCGACAGGGGUCGGACUGGGCCAAUGCCUGCAGGCAUGUAAAAGACGCAAAACAGCUCUUUGCCUCGCCCCAGUGCCUCGGUUACCAACAAGAAUUCGGCACUCUGACGGACGAUCUCUGUAUGCCAUCGUUUGACCUCGUCAAAGAACAGAUUAAAGCCGUUGUCAAAAAGGUCAAGGCUGAAGGGGUGUUUAUUGCAUCGGAUGUAGAACCGGACGUUAAAUCUCUGAAAAAGUUUCUUCCCUCAAAGGUCAAGAUAGUGCAACACAAACCAUCAAAUCCACAAGUUGACCUCGCUAUAUUAGGCAAGUCCGACCAUUACAUCUGCAAUUGUGUCUCGUCCUUCUCGGCAUUUGCGAAGAGGGAGAGGGAUGCGGCGGGCAAGCCAUCGUCCUUCUGGGGAUUCGGGGAAGACUAUGAAAGGAUUGAGAAGAGGCGGUCGCAGAAAUCUCGCAGCGAGUUAUGAGGACGGCUUCAUUUCUAGUAUUGAACUGAAUAAAUGGGAUAAAUAAAUUGGUACUAUUGGAUAGUCUAAAUCAUAAAUGGUGUCGAAAGUAUUGUGUGCAUUCAGUAAUAAGCAUUUACAGGGGGGGGGGGGGUCACUUAGUAUAAAUGUAUUAUACAUAUAUGCCACGGUUGAGACCCCCAUUUCAGCCUAAGUUCCCAUUCCAGAGCAUCACCGAUUUAGAAAGCCACGGAAAUUCCUAUUUUUUUCCCCCGUUUCGGAGACACUCAAAUUUCUGGUUUCUAGGGACAGUACACACUCAUAUUCGGCGCAGCACAGUGGCAAACUGCGUACAAUGACUGCGAAAGCUCUGCAGAGCGAUUCGGAGGCCGCUGAUUGAUUGGUUCAUCGCGCAGAAAUGUCAUGACCAAUAUCAGGCAUAUUCAUGCAACCCUCCGAAAUAUUUGUGCCAUUCAAGAGCCUUGCAUUUUUUAGGAAUCGUUGAUACUAGAGCAGUUCUGGGGACCCCCAUUUUAAGACCAAAGUUUAGUUCCAGAGCCCCCGAUUUACGUUUUUGGUGUGGCACGUGGGUAUCAUUUUAUAAUUUGAGUACCCCUCCUCCCCCCGGGGCAUUUACAUGUAUGAAAUGGAGAUUGGGAUCCUAAUAAAAUGAUUGGCCGAAAUCCAUCACAUGACCAGUCAUUUAUUUUUAGCUGACAGGGAAAUGUUCUAGUGACCGGUAUUGAUGACUUGUUCUAUUGACCGGUCGUGGUUUUGAGAGGAUGGUUUAUCAAAUAACAAGGAUCCACAUCAAUAUCUACAAAACAUAUACACAUCAUUAUGCUUGGGCACUGGAAUAAUUACCCACACUACAUGCGUGUAUCCGUAAUUCUUCCUAAUGUCCUCAAUGCAGGGGGAACAAAUUAACGGGGGCGAAAUUGCCCCGAGCCGAGGGUGAAAAUGCUUUUUCAACGAUUCCAAAUGACCCAAGGUUAAAUAUUGAAAUGAAUCAAUUCUACUAACUACUUGUGUACACUGUAGUUUGCAAAUAGGUCAUAUUUUUUGUACAGUAAAAUAUUGAGUACAAGAAAUGGUGAUGGGUGCAAUAUUGUAGAGUAGUUUUUGUGAUAUCUUUUCUGCUUCUGAAGUUAUGUGUUCAAACUUUUGUGGAUAUCAUGUAUACCUGCCUCUUGAUUCAGAAAGUGUAUUAGAUUCCUGUUUAAAAGGCUGGUAUAAUUCAAUGCUUGAAUAUAUAUAUGGUAUGGGUUGAACCCUUAUUUAUAAUGUAAUUUUAAAACAUGUUAAACUUAAAGAUAAAUGAAAGUACUUGCAGUAAACACUGAUUUCACGAGAAAGUCUGUUAAUUGUCACUAUAUCAUCGAGGAUCUAGAGCUGGUACAGUUACAUAAACUGAACUUUGUGAAAUCUUGAAAUCUACGCUGAAAAAAUGUUCACAGUGAAGAUCACCAACACAGAUAAGCGCACAUGGGACAGUGUAUUGUUAUUGCUUUGAAAGUCAGGCACGACGCUUGACCCGAAUCCCAUGCUUAUUUGCUAAUUUCUCAGCAAUUGCACAAUUUCUUCCAGAAUCCUUUGGCACGUAUUAUUCAUUUAUACAAACAGACACUUUGGUAGUCAUUUCAUUGGAUUCUGUACGAACUCAUUUUGAAAUCGUUACCACAACUGGCAUUUAUCUUUAAGAUCUCAACACAAGAAAAACAUUUUUGGAGAGUAACCUCAAAAUUAUCAGCUACUGACUGCAGCCUUCCUCAGUGAGCUUUCUUCUUGUGUUGAGAUGAGAUUAAAAAAGAAAUAACAGAACAUUUUCAACCAACUUAAAUGAAUUUUCAUGAUUGUAUGAUGUAAUUUAUCAGGGAAAUCUUGUUCAUGGAAGAUAUCGUGAGAAAUUAUGUACAUAUUUUAGAUUCAAGUAAAUGUCUGUUUCAGGUGAGAGAAUGUCAUAGAUUAGAAAGGAAUAAAAAUAUACAGGGAAUGAUUUGCAAAUGCCAUUAGCAUUUUUGGUAAUAAGAGAAAAGCUCAAAACCAUUUCCCCUACAAUCCUUUGUAGAAGAAAGAUCUGCUAUACCAAAGCAUUUUGUGUAACCAACAGUCUUUUAAAAAAUGUGGAGCAGAUUGCUAUGCGAUACCAGGAAAAUUAUUCCCUGACAUAAAUGCAGUGCAAAAUAAGUUGGAGCUGAGUUAUUUUAAAGCAUGAAAAUAGGAGAUAAAUCUGGAUAAAACACUCAACUCAGAAGAAGUUGACUCAUCAUAUGCACUUUCUUGUCAGAAGUCAGUUCUUACCAAGAAGAAAAAGAGUUGGUUUGUGUUGGAUAUUUGUUUUUAGGAGCAUGCUGCAUGUAGAACAAUUGUGACCUGCCACCCCCAAACCAACAAUAAGUCGACCAAAAUGAAUAUUGAGCUUGAAAAUUAAUUUCCUAAGCUUUAAAAUGAUAGAAUAUAUGUUAAAAUUGACCAAAAAUAACCAUUACAAGUACUUGAUUGAAUGGAGAGGAAAUUCAGCAAGAGCUUAAAAAAUAAGGAGAAAACAAGGUUUGAAGUUUGGGGUUCACUCAAGCAUGAGAUGUGCAUACUGUGUAAUCUCAGUGAAAUUUCCAAGCAGUCUGAAAAAGCAGUGUCCAAGAAACUCUUGUAUCUUUUCUUUUAUUCUACUUCACGAUUUCAAGUUUUCACAGUAUGAAGAAGAAUUGCUCUUUCAGAUAAGCUAUAUUUGUAAUUGGAGAGUAAAUUACUAUUUUGGCUAUUGACAGAGAACCUUACCUGGCGGCUUAUUGGUGGUUUUGGGGUGGUAGGUCACAAUUAUAUGGAAUCAUAAUUUAGAUUUUUCAUCAUUAAAAGUUUGGAAAUUUAGAGAUUAGAAUUAUGGGCCCUUUUUCUGAACUCAGGUCUGACUCAAGGCGUGGUCUAUAAAAGAAGAAAUUUUCUUCUGACUUGGUAACUACUGGUAGUUCAAUCACACUUCACACUGAUAUUGGUGGUAACUAUACUGAUAAGUAAGUUUCUUCACCAUCAAAUCAUGGGAUAACAGUCCCGUAUACAUGGAAUGAAUACAAUUUAAAGAGAAAUUCCAGUAGUUGCAGUAAACACUGAUUUCAUGAGAAAGUAUGUAAAACAAGGCUUAAUUGUCAGUAUAUCAUCGAGGAUCUAGAUCUGGUACAGUUACAUAAACUGAACUUUGUGAAAUCUUGAAAUCUACGCUAAAAAUGUUCACGCUGAAGAUCACCAACACAGAUAGGCACACGUGGGACAGUGUAUUAUUAUUGCUAAAAUAAAGACCCGACGGAAGUGACCGAAUCCGCGCUUAUUUUGCUUAUUUCUCAGCAAUUACACAAUUUCUUCUAGAAUCCUUUGGCACAUAUUUUUUAUUCAUACAAACAGACACUUAGGUGGUCAUUAUAUUAGAUUCUGUAAAAAGUAAUAUUUAGAUCAUUACCAAAACUGGAAUUUAUCUUUAAGUGAAAUUUGACAUUUUUGUUUUCCAUAAUUUUAGAAAAGAUUUAGACCAAACCUGACUUAGUCAAUACAGGCUGUGAAGAUUAACUUUUGACUGAGAUUAGGCUGAAAAUAGGAUAACUUUACACUUACAAAUAACAUAUUUUCUAGUACACCAAUAUCAUAUUUUUAUAUAUGACAUGCAAUGAUUUGCAUAUAUAUAUCUAAAAGUUUGCAUGAUCCGACUUCAUAUUGUUGUCUAAAAAUGAAUUAUGAAUGUCACAUGAUGCAUCUGAAUUUUGCAAGAAGUGUUUAAUACAUUUUCUUACAUACAUGUAGAGAAUUUAUUUAUUUUUUCACCGUCAUGUGGUGCUUAAUAUUAUAUGUGGUUUUCUACCUGUGUGUUGACUUUUACAAUGUGCCUUAAUUUUAGGCUUCAACCAACCUUAAUGAUUGUUUUGGCCGAGCUUUCGUCCACUCCUGUGGACGAUCUCAAGCCAAUUGAUCAGUCACAAAGUUUGUUGCCUGUGGUUGGUUGAAGCUUGAAAUUGUUUAAUUUAUCAUCCUCAACUAAUUAAAGUUUUCUGUAUUAUGCCUUGCAUGUCUGUUGUAUUCAAAAUGUGUUAGAUCUAAAGCCCCAAAGUACGGUGUGUGUGAUUAUCCAAAAGCUGAGGAAAAAUGGAGAUUAAUUUUCUUUAAGUAGCCUUCUUGUAGCAUUGUGUUUUGAUGAUCUUGCUUUGCCUUUAGGAUGAUAUGAUAUUUACUAUUGUGACAAUUACUCUUGCCUUAAUUUCUGUGAAUGAAUAGAAUAGACAGUCAUACAUGUAGUUAGAUACUUUCCGCUUCAGCUAAUCAAAUUUUGUUUGUAUUUCACGGACUGUACUACUACUACUAUCCUCAUUCGUGCCCUGUGGCACAUAAGGCCUCCACGCUUUCUUUCCAUUUUUGGCGGUCUCUAGCACAACCCCUGGCCUCAUUCCAACUCUUCCAUCCGUAGGUAUUUCUCUCCUCUACAGUUCUCCAUGUUGUUUUUGGUCUACCCCUUUGUUUUCCUCCUGGAUUCCAUGUUAGAGCAGUGCAACAAUGAUGGUCAUCUUGCAUUCUGAGGACAUGACCUAUCCAAUUCCACCACGGACUGUACAACACAGUAUUUCAAGGACCUGUGGGUGGUGUAGAAUAUUUGAAAGGACAAGUCCACCCCAACAAAAAGUUGAUUUGAAUAAAAAGAGGAAAAUCCAACAAGCAUAAUACUGAAAAUUUCAUCAAAAUUGGAUGUAAAAUAAGAAAUUAUGACAUUUUGAAUUUUUGCUUAGUUUCACAUAACAGUUAUAUGCACAUCCUGGUCGGUAUAAAUGAGGUGACUGAUGAUGUCAUCAUCCACUUACUAUUCCUUUUGUAUUUAACAAUAUGAAAUAUUCUAAUUUUCUCAUUGUCAAGUCAAACAACGAUUAAUUGCUCCCUGAACAUGUGGAAUUAGCAUCGUUUAAUACUAUAUGGUUCAGUCAAAUGGGUUCUCCUUGUCAAAUCUGUAAAAAUUGAAUAUUAUUUAAUUCAAACAAUAAAGAACAAAAGAAAUAGUGAGUUAGGGAUAUCAUCGACUGUCUCAUUUACAUGCCACUGAGUUGUGCAUAUCACUAUUUUGUGAAAAAUAUGCGAAACUUUAAAAUGUCAUAACUUUCUUAUUUUUACAUCCGAUUCUUAUAAAUUUUUCAUUACGCUAGUUUGAUUUUUCUCAAUCUAUUCAAAUCAACAUUUUUCUGGGGUGGACUUGACCUUUAAAUCAAGUCCCUGGAUAUGAUUCAUUGCUUGUUGCUAUAUCAGGUAAAUAUCUGGCAAGCUUUCAAGUUGUUUAUAUAGCAACCUUGAUGUGGACACCUUGGCCUUGAACAUACCUUGAAGCGCCACACUGCCAUCUUCAUGUUGUGAAAAAUGGAAGUGGGGCAUGGUUCUGGCGGCUUUGUAGCCCACUCGUAACCCUAUUUUGAUAGUCUUGAGCUCAGUUGCACAGCUCAAUUGGUUGUGAUUCUUUUCUGGUAUGCAAAUCCUUGUUCUAUUAUGCCUAUCCCUAACUUUUCUCAUUUUCAUGUUUAUUCCAUGAUAUAUUUGUUUUCAAACGAUUUACCUUUUAUUACAUCCAUAAGUAUAUUUUGCAUAAAGGUCAUAUGCUAUUUCAUGUAGCUAGAUACUGCACAUUUAUGUUAUAUACUUAGAUGGCUUAAAGGAGAAUGAAACUCUUGGAGCAAGUUAGCUUUUGUGAAAGCAGAAAAAUCAAAGAAUAAGAUCAACAAAAGUUUGAGUAAAAUAGGACUAGCAAUAAAAGAGUUAUGAGCAUUUGAAUUUCGAGAUCACUAAUGCUAUGGAGAUCAUCCCUUUGGCAAUGCGACCAAGAUCUAUGAUGUCACAGAUGAACAACUCUCCCCUUAUGGACACUGAAAAUAUACCCCAAAACAUCUCUUUUUGCUCAUUCUAAUCAUAUGACAAACGAUUCAUCAAUGAUAUAAUGUUGUGAAACCUCUGUACUUGUACUCUCAUAAAGAGAACACCUCACCUUGUGAUAGACUCUAUAAAAGUGAGAAUAUGAGUGAAAUAAGUACCUAAGUAAUGAGGGAGUUGUACGUGUGUGACAUCACAGAUCUUGGUCGCAUUGCCAAUGGGAGGAUCUACAUGGUAUUAGUGAUCUCAAUAUUCAAAUGCUCAUAACUUUCUUAUUAUUCAUUCAAUCUUCCUCAAACUUUCAACAAUAUGUUUCUUUGAUUUUUCUCUUUGAUAUGGAUUCAGCUGGUUUCAAGGGUUUCAUUCUCCUUUAAGUAUCAUCUACCUUUAAGCAAAAAGAACACAAAUUAAAUUUUAUGAAUAAAGAUGUAUGUCUGAGGUUAGUUUUA